AUGUUCCACCGCAGCUGCGCCUUCUGCGCCCAGCCAGCCGCCGCCGCCACCAACCUGGGCCCGCUCCUCGGCCCCAUACGCGACAGCAAGAACAGCGCGGCGGACGACCUCUAUGCGCACCGCCUGUGCGCGCUGUGGAGCUCAGAGGUGUUUGAAACAGACAACGGCACGCUGCGGAAUGUGCUGGCCGCCAUCAAGCGCGGGCGGCUGAUGAAGUGCGCCCACUGCGGGCGGCGCGGCGCCACCGUGGGCUGCCGCGUGCCCAGCUGCAACUGCAGGCAAGCCAUCCGCAUGCUUCCUGCCUGCUGCUCCCGCGCUGCAGCCUUUCAAGACAUACUGGUGCAGCAUGAUGCUGCGGCAUGCGCGUUCGGUUGGCUUUCCAGCUACCAUGUGGCCUGCGCCAAGGAUGCCGCCUGCACCUACUACUGCGACCAGUUUCAGAUAGCCUGCCCUGCCCACGCACGCCUGUUCCGGGAAGAGAGCCAACAGCAGUGCAGGCGGACGCCCUUCACGCCCUACCGCCAGGCCCCCGCGGAGGCUGCAGCCGACAGGCUGGGGCCGCCGGGGAUCGGCGGCCGUGCCAGCAGCGGCGAGCCGGGGCAGACGCCCGGCGGGGGCGGCCAGGGGGAAGCUGAUGACCUCAUGUCGCCACCCACCGAGCUGCCGGUCCUGGCGGGCCGCAAGCGGGGGCGGCGGCAGGAGGCGGCACGGGAGCACAUCGUGCGGGCGCGGGCCGUCCUGAAGCGCGCCCGCCGCGACAUGGAGCGCCAGCGGCGCAGGGCGGCAGAGUCUUCGGAUGAUGAUGAACACUUUCAGAAGAAGGAGUCUCGCCGCCUGGCGCGCGACACAGGUAGUAGUGCGGGGGCCUGGGGCCGACCCCACGUGGGCGUGGCCAAGCUCAACCCCAUCACGCUCGUGGGCGACGGCACCGCCGUGCAGCAUGUCUUUCUCAAGUCGCCGCUGCCUGGGGCGGCUGCCCACAAGUCCAAGGAGCCGGGCGCGGGAGGCAUGGGCAUGCUGGAAGGCGUCCAGCGCCACCCGCGCGCCUCGGGGCAGCAGCAGCAGCAGCAGCAGCCUACGGUCGAGACGGCGGUGGUGGGCAGCAUCGCGACCACCGACUUCAGCAGCGUGGCGGGGCUGGACGAGGUGGUGCGGCAGCUGCGUGAGAUGGUACUGCUGCCCAUGCAGUACCCCUCGCUGUUUGAGAGCAUGGGGCUGAGGCCGCCGCGUGGCAUUCUGUUCCACGGCGUGCCGGGCACGGGCAAGACGCUGGUCGCGCGCGCGCUGGCGGGCGCCUGCGCCAAGCACUCCCCCACCCCCGUCACCUUCUUCGCCCGCAAGGGCGCCGACUGCCUGGGCAAGUUCCACGGAGAGGCGGAGCGCACGCUGCGCCUGCUGUUCGAGGAGGCCUCCCGCCGCGCCCCCGCCAUCAUCUUUUUGGAUGAGCUCGAUGCUCUGGUGCCUGCCCGCGCCGCCCGGGCCGGCGGCUCGGACCAGAUUUAUGCCUCAGUGGUGUCCACGCUGCUGUCGCUGAUGGAUGGCGUGACGGACCGCGGCAGCGUGAUUGUCAUCGGCGCCACCAACAGACCCGAGGCAAUCGACCCCGCCCUGCGGCGGCCCGGGCGGUUCGACAGGGAGGUCUACUUUGGGCUGCCCACCCCCGAGCAGCGGCUGGCCAUCCUGCGGGUGCACACCCGGCGCUGGGCGCGGCCGCCGGCGGAGCAGCUGCUGCGGCAGGUGGCGUCGCGGGCCGAGGGCUUUGCGGGCGCAGACCUGCAGGCCCUCUGCACGGCUGCGGUGAUGGCCGCGGUGCGGCGCAGCUCGCCGCUGCUGCUGGAGCGGGCGGAGCGGGAGGCCCGGGACGCAGGCGCGGGGCCGGCGGAUGCCCUGCCUGCCCCUCCCCAGCAGCAGCAGCAGCAGCAGCAGCAGCAGCAGCAGAAAGCGGCUGCUGGAGGGCAGCAGGACCAGGCCAGCGGCCAGCAGCAGCAGCCGCAGGAGCAGCAGCAGGCGGAUGAGGAGGAGCAGCGGCGGCGGCAGCAGCUGCUGGAUGGUAUUGAGGUGCAGGCCUGCGACUGGCGGGAGGCGCUGGCAGGGGCACCGCCGCCCUGCUCCCGCCGGGCCGGCAUGGCCGCCCUUGCGGCAGAGGCGGCGGCGCCGCUGCGGCAGCACGCGCUGCUGCUGCUGGCGCGGCCGCUGGCGCAGCUGCUGGCAGCUCUGGAUGCGGCAGAUUUGCCGCUGCCGCCGCCAGCCGCCGCCGCGGCACGUGCGGCGGCGGCGCCAGCGGCAGGUGGCGCAGGUGCUGCUGGCAAGCCGGAGCAUGGUGCGCUGUCAGAUGCGGCAGCGCAGCAGCAGCAGGAGGAGGAGCAGUGGCAGCAGCGGGAGGCGGAGCUGGCAGCCGUGCUGCUCCAGCACGGCGCGCUGCUGGCGCCACCUGGCAGCCCCAGCGCCGUCCCCCGCGAGGCGCUGCCACCCGCUGGCGCACCAGCCCCGGCAGGGGAUGGCGCCGGCGACGAGCGGCGGCAGAUGGAGCGCCUGGGGCGCAGCUACACCCCCUGCCGCCUGCUGCUGUGGGGAGAGGGGGAGCAGGGGCAGGAGGUGGCGUCGGGGGCGCUGCUGAAGCUGCUGGAUGGCUGCCCCGUGCACUGCCUCAGCCUGCCCAGCCUGGUGGUAGAGGGCGGCGAGGAUGCCGCCGCCGGCUGCGUGGCGCUGGUCGGUGAGGCGCUCAGGCGUGCCAGCCCCCACACACCCUGCGUCUUCUACCUGCCCCGCCUUGAGGCCUGGGCCCUGUCCAAGGCGCGGGUGCCCCCAGAGGACCUGCAGCAGGCGGGCUGGUACAGCCGCCUUCCGGGCGACGCCAGCCAGGGGCGGCAGGGGCCCGAGGGCGGCGACGGGCAGGAGCCGGCGUCGGCGCGGCACGCAGGCCUGCUGUCCCCCAGCUUUAGCACCAAAGUCACCUCUCCCCUGGGCGCCUCCCCCGGCCACCGCGGCUUCCUGGUGGCGCCCUCGCCCUUCAGGCGCGCCCCGGGCAGGGCAGCUGUGUUGGCGCUCGGGGCGACCUCCCAAGAACGGGUGGCCAACACGCCGGCUGUGGCGCGCUCCCUGCGCUCUGCCACACAGAAGCAAGCAAGGGCCGGCGUCGCUGCCCGCGCCGCCGACGCCGGCGCGGAGGAGGGUGGUCCCACCGCGCAGGAGCGGCAGCGGCACACCAGCACGGCAGAGCCGGGCACGGCGCCGCGGCCGCCGCGCCCGCCCGCUGCCGCCGCCGCCGCCGCGGCGCCUCCCUCCGGCCUACCGCCCAUCCGCACGUCUCCCGACCAGCAGCAGCAGCAGGCGGCGGCGGCGCAGGCGGCGGCGGCGAGGGAGCUGCUGCGUGGGGAGUGGGGCGGCGAGGGCGGCGGCGGCGGCGAUGAGGGGUCUGGCUGUGCAGAGGUGGAAGUGACAUGCCUGUCCCAGGCCUGGAGAGUGUUUGAUUCCCUCAUGCGCCAGGUGCCGGCCAGCCAGCCUGUCAUUGUUCUGGCCACCUGCCACACGGCGGCGGAGGGCACGCCAGCCAACCUGGCCCAGUUCUUUGCUGGCCCGGCCCUGCCAGCAGACGGCCAGCAGCGGCAGCAGGAGGGGAAGGAGCAGCGGCUGCUGGCCCUGCUGGGGCUGGGCGGAGAGGCCCCAGCAGAUGCCGACGCAGUGGCAGCCCCCAGCAUCGUGCGCAUGCAGCCGCCGCGACCGGCCGCCUGGCAGCGGGCCGCUGAAGCGGCGGCGGAGCAGGCGGCCGCUGCCGUGGCCGCCCACGCCGCGGCGCUGCUGCACCGGCGGCUGUCGGCCGAUGCCGCUGCACCCGACGCAUGCGCCGAGGCAGGCGCAGCAGGCGCAGCAGGUGCCCCGGCUCCCACCACCGGCGCUGGACCGCAGCAGGAGCCGCAGCCGCAGCUGCCAGGCUCGCCUCGGCGGCAGGAGCAGGCGCAGGGUGGUGCGGCGGAGCCCCAGGCUGCUCAGUGCAACACAGCGGAGCUCGAGCAGGGCCUCCGCUUGUUUGGCCGGCUGCUGGCCUUCCAGCAGCGGCUGGCCGCCUCGCUGCGUGCGCAGCGGGUGGCGGCGCUGGAUCGCUGGGCGGCGGGCGCCGGCGGCGGCGCGCGGCGGCGCUCAGGCGCGGCCGCCCCGCCCGCCUUUUCCGAGAUCGCCCAGCGGUGCCAGCAGGGCGGGUACGACGGCGUGGAUGAGCUGCAGGGCGCCGCCGCCGCCGCCGCCGCCCACGUGCUGGCGGCGGCAGCGGAGGAGCGGCAGCGGGCGCGGCAGGAGCAGCGACGGGGCGGGCGGCCGCCAUCACCCGACUAUUACAGCGAGCAGGCGGCCGCGGCGGUGACGGCGGCCUGCGCCGUGCAGGACAAGGUGGAUGCCGCCUGCUUCUGGCUGCGCCAGCAGCUGCAGCUGGGGGAGGAGAGCAAUGUGCGGCUGCUGGCCGCGGCCGCGGCGCACGUGCGCACGCUGCAGCGGCGGCAGCAGGCAGAGGUGGAGGCGCAGCGGCGGCAGCAGGCGGCCGAGGAGCAGCAGGAGCGGGAGCUGCAGAGGAUUGAGGCUGAGCAGGAGGGCGCUGCAGCCGAUGCUGGGCAGCAGCCCGAGGAACGGGAGGAGCAGCAGGCGGAGGGGCAGCAGCAGGACGCAGGUACUGGUGAAGUCGCGGUGGGCGAUGCCAGCAGGGCAGAGUGUUCCGAGCGGCAGGAAGAUGGGCCUGGUCCGGCAGAGCCGAGUGCUGCCAUGCCGCCACACCCGCCAGCGCCUGAGCAGCAGGAGCGAGGUCAGCAGCCGGAUGCGUCUGCGGCUGCUGCACAGCAGCGGCAGCAGCGGCAGGUUGUGGCGGCAGCGCAUCGGCUGCGCCGCCAGCUGUGCUGGCUGCUGGCGCCCGCGAUGCGCCAGCGGCUGCCGCCACCGCCCGCAGCGCUGGGCGGCACCGCCUGGCAGGUGCUGCAGGAGGCGGUGGGGCGGCUGAGUGCGGCGGCGGCCGCGGCCUGUGGCUGGGUGGUGGCCGAGAUGGACUUCUUGCAGGGCAUGGAGGGGGCAGCAGGCUGGAUGACAGCGGGGCAGGAGCAGCGGGUGUAUGGCAUCGCUGCCCUGUUUCGUUUGAGGACGUACCUCUCCCCUGGGGCGUCUGCCUACAUUGUGGGCCAGGUGGUGGCGGCUCUUGCCAGCCUGGCCUGGUGCCACAGCUGCCGCGACAGGCCUGACGGCGGCAGCCACGCCCGCUGGCGCGAGCCGCUUGCCGGCGCGGUGCGGCUGGCGGGGUUUGGGUUUGGAGCGGCGUGGGUGAUGUCCAGGCAGUUUGUGGAUGGGCUGGGCUCCAGCCCGCUGGUUUCCCUGGGUGCGGCAUACAACGGGACCCUGUUUCUGCUGUGCACCGGCGUGCCCACGGCGCUCCUGCUGUGGUUCAAGGUCCUCCGCAUCAGCUGGGCGGCCCCCAUUCAGCUGGCUGUCAUCCUGCACAACGUCUCCUACAGCGCCUACGUGUGCGCCUCGCCCACGCUGUCCCACGCGGCCAUGCGCCGCCUGACGCACCACCUCUUCCAGCUGCUCAGCCUGCUCCGGUCGGCGCUGGACCCCGCGGGCGCAAAGUGCGGCGCGGCUGCCGCGCACGGCACAGCAGAGUGCAGCGCGCUGGUCGCAUUCAUGCAGCUGGCGUGUGGCUUUGCGGCGCCGGUGGCGGUGCAGGCGUGCUGGGAGAGCAGACUGUUUGAGGAGCACCAGCGGCAGCGGCAGGAGCUGGGCCUGCCCUCAGAGCAGGGGCUCCUGGCCCAGCUGUACUCCAGAAUCAGCAAGAGCGCCCCCAAGGGGGGACUGGCUGCGCUGGUUUGGGCCCUGUGGCUCGCCAUUUUGUGGGACUUGUCCCUGGUGCUUACGGCGUCCGGCAGCCACCUUGGCGCCGUCAUCAACGCACCCCUGUAA